AUGCUAGGUGAGCUUGACGAAAAAGAAGAGAAUCUAGACUUGGGAGUUGGGAGAUACUGUAAAUGACGCGGGGUCAAAGUUGAUAUAACCUUGACAUAUCUAUUUGAAUAGAUAUAGGCUCUUGUAGUGGGAAAUGUGCAUUAGAGGGUAUUCACAUAGAAAAAAUAGACAUUUCAUAGUUUCGGGGAAAAAUUUGUAGCGACAGAUGUUUAGAGUCUCGAAACCAAUUAAUUUCUAAUGAAACUUGGUGGAAACAGGGAUAAUUGUAUCAUGCUAGAAAAGAUCGAAAAAGGAUAAUCCGAUUCUGAGAGGAUAUUAUCAAUCCGAAAAAAUAAGAACCUUGGAAGAGAACCGAGAUGACCUAGAAAACCAAAAUACAGUAGACUUCGCGAAAAUUUGGAGACUACAAAUUGGAGUCAAUUUGAAAAAUAAAAUGAGAAAUUUACACGCUGGCUAUUUGCAAACCAGUUUGAUGUGCAUGUGUCACGUCAUUAUUAGUCUACUGUGCGUGAGCGCCAAUUCAAACUGGGGUUCUUUUAUUUUCGGUUUGACAAUAUCUGACAUGAGACCUGGAUGACCAAAUUUCUAAUAGGAAUCAUGCAAAGUCCGAUUUCUUGCGAACAAUUCUGAAGCGGACAGGUUUGAGUAACUAAAUCGGAAUAUUUUGUGGCCCGAUUCAGUCCAAUUCUUACUGAAAAGUGCCACGGCCUUUCACAAAUAGGGAAAAUUGCAAGUUGAGAGAGAAAAUCAAAAUACGAAACACCAAAUCGAUUUGCAGUCCGGCUCUUCGUUGCGAGACCAAGCGCGGGAAACAUGUUUUUCAAAAACGUUUCCCGCGCUUGGUUUCGAAACGAUAGAUCAAAUUUUUAAAAAAAAUUCUAGUUUGGAUUUUUUUUAUUUUUUUUAAAGAUUUUUCUCGUUUUCUCUGGGUCUCUCUUGAUUUACCUGCUUGAAUUAGAUUUUUCACAAAGUUUGGUUAAAAAUCAAUUCUACAUAGUUUUUUUUUCAAACACCUUUCGCAAUAUUCCACAGAUUCUUUCAAAAUGUCUCUUUCUCUGGAGCUCUCUCAACCUAUCUACACUAAUCUAUAGAUCAAUCAGUAUAAACAGAUAAUAGACAGUGCUAAAAAGAGCCCCCAAAAGUAUAAACAACGCCGACUGCUACGCGACCGCGUCUAUUUAUAAUAAAUAAAAAUAUAGAUAUGAAUACAAAUCCGGUUAGAGAUAGAUAGAUUGACACAAAACUUUGUAUAUUUUGCAGAAUAUUUCACAUUGGUUCUAACGAUUUACAUCGUAACAGUAACAUUUUUGAUAUUUCCGACAUGUUGCGUAAGUGGAAAUACUUAGAAAUUUACCAAAAAAUAAGAAAAAAAACCGAAAAAUAUUCAGAAAAAGAAGGAAAAGAAGAAAAGAGGACGACGAGGUGGACGAAAAACGAAGAGCAAAAUUAGUAGACCUCAACCAGUGCCAGUUUUGACACAAAACAAUACGCCAACAGCAACAACACCAGUUGUUGCUAACACGCCAAUUGAAACACCUCAAACACCACAAAACGAGCCAAGUGCUGAGUCGAAAGAACCAAUGCGUAGUGAUAAUAAGGAGAAACCACUUCCAAAAGUGAGUCAGAACUGACAUUUUCAGGUUUUUUAAGCAAAUGAGUUGAAAUAUUGUGUUCUAAUGUUAUUCAUAUGAUAGAAUGGUCUAAGACGAACAGAAUGAUAUAGAUUUUACGUUAGCCGUAAGUGAUUUAGCGGCUUAUCGCCUAAAUAUCGACUAAACCUCGCUAAAUCACUUAUGGAUAACGUUAAAUCAUCAAAAUUUAUAUCAUUCUGUUCGUCUUAGACCAUCCUAUCAUAUGAAUAACAUUAGAACACAAUAUUUCAACUGAUUUGCUUAAAAAACCUGAAAACUGGCUGAAAAACUAACCCCGGAGCUCAUUUUCCAGGACGAUGAGGAUGAUGUGGAACUUACUCGAUGUCGAGAUUAUACUCCACAAAUAUUUGGAGAUUUACAACAUUUAUUCGACUUACUUUCAUGA